AUGGCCACGGGUUGUGGAGCUCCUUCCCCCAUAACACGAGUCUCACUCCCCUCCUCCCUAGCCGAAGCCAGGAUACCACGCCUUCCGGCAACCGCGUACUACAUAUCAGACUUCAUAAGUGAAGAGGAAGAGCGUCUCAUUCUGGACAAGGUCUCAGGCGCGCCGAAGCCCAGGUGGAAGCAACUCUCUCAUCGACGGCUGCAGACAUGGCCGUCCGAUCUGGUCCACGACAGGCUCCUCGAGGCACCCCUGCCAGCCUGGCUUGAGGAGCCAGUCGUGUCGAGGCUGCUCUCAGUGCCUCUUUCCGCUGACGACGAUUCUGCCAACCUCUUCGCGCCCAGCCCUCACAAGCGCCCAAAUCAUGUCCUCGUCAAUGAGUAUCCCCCAGGAGUAGGUAUCAUGCCGCACAAGGACGGGGCCGCUUACCACCCGGUCGUCUGUACCAUCAGCCUGGGAGCCAGCCUCUGUCUCAACAUCCACUCGAGCAAGCCAGACGGCGCCCUCGAUCCCGAACCCGCCUUCAGGAUUCUCCAGGAGCCCCGGAGCCUACUCGUCACGACCGGCGACCUGUACACGCAGUACCUCCAUGGCAUCGCAGAUAUCGAAGCCGACGUCGGCCUUUCGCGUGAGACUGUCGCUAACUGGGACAUGCUACGGGACCCGGAGGAUUUCGCCAGUGGUGUCAAUCAACGCUCGGUCCGGACAAGCUUGACAUAUCGGGAUGUUCUCAAGGUCUCCAAGCUGGGGAACAACAUCGGCAAGUUCCUCAAGCGGUGA